AUCAAAGCGCUUCACUCCAUGGGUGGCUGGCGAAUCGGUCCAUACCGUCUGGGUCAACGGGGCUGCCGGUCGACCCGGGUUACCAGACAGGUUCAGUCUGGGAACUGUUUGUUGGUCCUUUUUGUGACUGUGUCCGGUGGAUUCCAACGUGCACCUCAUUGCUUUGCAAUGCUUUUGUUACGCGGACCAGUCCAUGCGUGUAUCUUGCGUUUGAGGCGAAAACAUGGCAAUGGGUGUGGUUGUGCUUUUGAUGUCCGGCAAGUGAACGCCCCCCCCGACAAUAUUGGGAUCCAAAGUUAUGAAGAGGUUCUCCAAGAAUCAGGGGGUAUCAGGUGAGUGUUCCUCCUGAAGCUUCUUAGCAACAUGUCAGGGAUACUCUUCUUGAUCACGAAUCCCAAUGUCAUGUUGUUCUCCCAGCUGGUGCGAUUCGGGCUCUUCCGGGUGUAUCCAGUUCUUCCCGGUUCCACUCUUGAACCGGAUCGCUCGGAGCGACCAACGGGAGUUCCCCAAACCCUUUGCUGCUGAGCACCCAGGGACACAAAACAGAUCAUGAAUGUCGGCCUUCUAGGAAUGUACAGGUAGCUCCUUCCAGCCACAAAAAGACACCCCAAGACUCGAAGCAACGGCAACACCUUCAGCAACGGCGACACCUUCGCAGGAUCCAUCCCUCACCUGGCAGAAUGGCAGGGAACACGUCUCCACUCGGCUCCACCCGGACAUCCGAAGAAAAGGGGGAGUACCUUUCAAGGUGCAGUGCUUAGGGCCUUAGGGGGGUGCAUCACAUGCACAUACAUUCACGUACAGAUGCACAUGUUUCUAGAGUGCCCACGCUACUUGUAUCGUGGUGGUGCACCAUUAGCUUUGUUUGAUGGAUCCCUAGAUGGGGCACGCUCCUUUGACUCCUAGCGUCGUCCUAGCCAUCCUGCCCUUGCUUUUGUUGCCGCUUCCCCGCAGCCUAAAGUCCCAGCAACUCACAAGUGGACCGCUGCUGUGCAAGACAGCGGCGACCAGCGACCAUGGUGAUGUCCGAUGCUGCGUUAGAUUUAGUAUUGCAGAAAUGGGCCUGGGCCAAGGGCGAGGAAGCUGCCAUGAAAAAGACCAUUGAAAUGUGCAAAACUCAGAUCGAAAAAGCCAUGAAGGAGCGAAGCAGUAUGGAGAUCAUCACCGACAACUACGAGGUCAAGAAAAGCAUGAGAAAGACGGAGCACGUCUCGAAGAAGGACCUGCCGGCGGCCAUUUGGAGCAAGUAUGCGAAGACCUCGGAGUUUAGCGUUUUGGCCUUCAAGUCCAAGAAGGCGAUGAAGGGCAAGGCCAAGGCGGCGCCCAAAGCCAAAUCUAAGGCAAAAGCCAAGUCCACCGCGAUGAAGUCCAACAAGUGAGUGCUACGUAGGGCGACUGGCACUGUGUGAGCCGGGCUCCACGUGAACCGACAUGAAUGGAUGGCUGUUUGAGUUUAC